GGCAGCCGAGCCGUCAGUGCUGGUGUGACCGUGGUGGCGGCCGCUGCGUGCGUGUGUGUGAACUGCGGCAGUGUCGGAGUGCGGCUCUCGCUCGGUCUCUCGCGCCGAGAAAUUGAGUGCGAAGGCAAGCGGCCUGUGAAUUCGCGUCCUGUAGUGGUAGGUGAAUGCGACUCAGGGGCGUAGCUCAGGACUCCUUCACCGCUUCCUUCAGGAGUCUUGCACCGCCAUACAGAUACAGACCGUCGAACCAGCUGACUGAAUCGCAAUCGGAAACGCAGGAAAGUUUGCGACUGAGGCGAUUAGUGUGAUAUUCCCACUAUUGCCAUCGUGCCAUUCGCCUCAAACGGUUAAAGCAGAGAGUUCCAAAGUGGACGCAGUUGAAGAUCUCUGUAGAAGCUGUCACGCCUGCUUUGUCAAAAGUAGCUUAGUUUUCGUGUGAGCAGCACAUAUACAUAACGACUUAGAUGUCUAUAUAAUAGAAAUAGUAAAAGUAGAAGCUUGAGAAUUAUAUAAGGUACACCCAUUAAUGUUAAUGCUUAAGGAGUACUCCUGCAGUGUAUAAAGCUUAAUGUGUAUUCAUCAGUGUCUGAAGCUUAAAGUGUGUCCGUCGAUGUUUAGAGCUUAAGUGUAUUCGUCGUUGUACGAAGCCUAAGUUGUUCCUCGGCCUCCGAGGAUUGGGCAGCGAGAGGACGCGCGGAGGACGCGGUGGCACGCUUCGGGAUGAAGGAGGAGAUGGGAGGCGUGGCCACGCACGCCGAGGCGCUGCGGGCCCUCAACCUCCAGCCUCCAAGGAUCUCCAGCCACCUCGACCUUCUCACCGACCCGCUGGCGCCGCUCCGUGCCCCUUCGCACCCCGCCGCCGCCCACGCCCGGGUCUCCGCUGCCCGGAGCCUGCGAGGGGCUUUCCACGCGCGCCUCAAUGGGCCCUUGGCGUCCCUGCAGGCGCCCACCGCCCACCGCGCCAACACCGCCUCCACUCGGUCUCCGCGCGCGGUGAAGCGGCUGUCGGGCCGCAGUUCGAGGGCGCCGCGGGCCCGGAGUCAGCCCGCGACCGACAAGGAGAAUGUGCUUGGGCUGGAGGAGGAGGAGGACGAGGGCUUCGAGGACGUGUGGGGGGCUGGAAGGGAAGAGUCCAGGCCUGUCAGCAGUGGGCGCGAUGCCGAUGCCGCUGAUAACAGCUGGGCGGGCGACAUCACCCGUCUGUCCUCCGCCCUGGAUCAGCUGGCGGCCCUGUGCAACGCCACCCAGCGCUCGCCCCACGAGAACCCGACCUCCCUCCCCCUCGCAGACUCGGCCCUCGGCAUGCCUGCGGCGCACUCGUCCCUCCAGCCCUUCCACCACCACCACCCGCAGUACCCUCUGCACAACCCAGCGCACCACCCCCCUCCCAACCCCAUCCCCACCACCAUUUCCCCCACGUGCCCAGUGCAUGGCUCCGGCGCCAUGCACGCCAGCCUGGUCAAUCCCUCCUCUGGCGACGGAUUCCUCCCGCACCAGGAAAGCGAUUCUGGAGGGAGCUCGGGAGGGCACGUAGCCUCCACGCCCCCCUCGCCAACGACUGGGUCCGGUGGGCGUGAGUUUGCUGGCAUGGCUCGUAAAGUGGGCGUAGCCCUCCGUGCCCUUGGUGGGCGGCUGGCGGCGUGGAGUCGCGGCGCCGAUGGUUCACAGGGGUCCUCUCAGCUGUCCUCAUCCUCGUCGUCUUCAUCGUCCCCCGUGGCCGGCAGACAUUCAGGUAAGCACGACUGA